GUGCUCGGCUCUCUUUGCUCACUUCUGCCGGCUCUCCGGCGGAAAUACUUUCUCGGGAAGAUGGCGGCUGUGUCAGUCUACGAGCGGCCGAUUGGAGGUUUCUCUUUUGAUAACUGUCGCAGAAAUGCCGUCUUGGAAGCCGAUUUUGCGAAGAGAGGGUACAAGCUUCCAGCGGCGCGGAAAACUGGCACGACCAUCGCGGGGGUGGUCUAUAAGGAUGGCAUAGUUCUUGGAGCAGAUACAAGGGCAACUGAAGGGAUGGUUGUUGCGGACAAGAACUGUUCAAAAAUACACUUCAUAUCUCCUAACAUUUAUUGCUGUGGUGCUGGGACAGCUGCAGACACAGACAUGACAACCCAGCUCAUUUCUUCCAAUUUGGAGCUCCACUCUCUCUCCACUGGCCGCCUUCCCAGGGUUGUGACUGCCAAUCGGAUGCUGAAACAGAUGCUUUUCAGGUAUCAAGGUUACAUUGGUGCAGCCCUAGUUUUGGGGGGAGUAGAUGUUACUGGACCUCACCUCUACAGCAUCUAUCCUCAUGGAUCAACUGAUAAGUUGCCUUAUGUCACCAUGGGUUCUGGCUCCUUGGCAGCAAUGGCUGUGUUUGAAGAUAAGUUUAGGCCAGAUAUGGAGGAGGAGGAAGCCAAGAAGCUGGUGAGUGAAGCCAUUGCAGCUGGCAUCUUCAACGACCUGGGAUCUGGAAGUAACAUUGAUCUCUGUGUCAUCAGCAAGAGCAAGCUGGACUUCCUCCGCCCGUACUCAGUGCCCAACAAGAAGGGGACUAGGUUUGGCCGGUACAGGUGUGAGAAAGGGACCACUGCAGUCCUCACUGAAAAAGUCACCACCCUGGAAAUCGAGGUGCUGGAAGAAACAGUUCAAACAAUGGACACUUCCUGAAUGGUGUCCGUGGAGUACCUGGGCUUUGAGCAGGAUGGGAAUCACCCUGAUGGGCUGAUUAGUGCUCUACGAGAUGGGGGGUGGGGAGCAGUGGCGGCUCCCCCAUAAGACCUUCAUUUGGCGCAGUGUCUGCUGAAUGAGACCCAAUAAAAAAAUGAAAAUCGGAUUGAA